GUUUCGCGAGCCUGUGAGACUGUAGAACUACCCAAUCCCGCACUCUGGACGAGGAAGCUGUACCGCAGCCGGUGCGAGGCCGUGACACCGCGGGCCUCUCCCGGCCCCGCCGUAGUCCUGGCCGCUCCGCGGUUGCGCGGCCGGAGCGGGACGCGUCGCUAUGGCGACGCCGGCGGGGCUGGAGCGGUGGGUGCAGGAGGAGCUGCACUCCGUGCUGGGGCUGAGCGAGCGGCACGUCGCGCAGUUUCUGAUCGGUACGGCGCAGCGCUGCGCCUCAGCCGAGGAGUUUGUGCAGCGUCUGCGCGACACCGACACUCUGGACCUGGGCGGGCCGGCGCGGGACUUCGCGCUGAGGCUCUGGAGCAAGGUGCCACGGAAAGCCGUGGUGGAAAAGCCAGCUCGGGCAGCUGAGCGAGAGGCCCGAGCCCUGCUGGAGAAGAACCGUUCUUAUAAGUUGUUGGAAGACAGCGAGAGUGGUGAGGAGGCAGUGGGCGCUAACGAGAGCAGCCUCCAGAAGAAGCGGAAGAGAAGGAAACACCUCAGGAAGAAACACCAGGAGGAGGAAGAGGAGGAAGAGGUUUCUGAGUCAGGGAAGCAGAAGACAGGGGGGAGUAAAUCACCCACGGAGGAGAAGCCAGCCUCAGAGGAUGAGUGGGAGAAGACUGAGCGUGAGCGUCUCCAGGACUUGGAGGAACGGGAUGCCUUUGCAGAGCGGGUUCGGCAGCGGGACAAGGACCGGACCAGGAAUGUUCUGGAGCGGUCAGAUAAGAAGGCUUAUGAAGAGGCUCAGAAGCGCCUCAAGAUGGCUGAGGAAGACCGGAAGGCCAUGGUCCCUGAGCUCCGUAAGAAGUCCCGUCGGGAAUACCUGGCGAAGCGGGAGCGGGAAAAGCUAGAGGACCUGGAGGCGGAACUGGCCGACGAGGAGGUCCUUUUUGGGGACGUGGAGCUGAGCCGCCAUGAGCGCAGGGAGCUCAAGUACAAGCGACGUGUGCGUGACCUGGCUCGGGAGUACCAGGCAGCUGGCGAGCAGGAGAAGCUGGAGGCCACUAAUCGCUACCACAUGCCCAAGGAGACUCGAGGACAGCCAGCUCGAGCUGUGGACAUCGUGGAGGAGGAGUCAGGUGCCCCGGGAGAGGAGCAGCGGCGCUGGGAGGAGGGCCGGCUGGGUGCUGCAUCCCUUAAGUUUGGGGCCCGAGAUGCUGCUGCGCAGGAGCCCAAGUACCAGCUGGUGCUGGAGGAGGACGAGACCAUCGAGUUUGUCCGUGCUGCUCAGCUCCAGGGUGACGAGGAGCCGUCCUCAGGCCCACCCCUGUCAGCCCAGGCCCAGCAGAAGGAGUCCAUCCAGGCUGUGCGCCGCAGCCUGCCAGUGUUCCCCUUCCGAGAGGAGCUCCUGACUGCCAUCGCCAACCAUCAGGUCCUCAUCAUCGAAGGCGAGACUGGCUCCGGGAAGACCACACAGAUCCCACAGUACCUCUUUGAGGAGGGUUACACAAAGAAGGGCAUGAAGAUUGCUUGCACCCAGCCCCGGAGGGUGGCGGCCAUGAGUGUGGCAGCCCGAGUGGCCCGGGAGAUGGGUGUGAAGCUUGGGAAUGAGGUGGGCUACAGCAUCCGGUUUGAGGACUGCACAUCAGAGAGAACUGUUCUCCGCUACAUGACAGAUGGAAUGCUGCUCCGGGAGUUCCUCUCUGAGCCUGACCUUGCAAGUUACAGUGUGGUGAUGGUGGAUGAAGCUCAUGAGCGGACCUUGCACACAGACAUUCUCUUUGGGUUGAUCAAAGACGUUGCUAGAUUCCGACCUGAGCUCAAGGUCCUGGUGGCUUCAGCCACACUGGAUACUGCCCGUUUUUCUGCCUUCUUUGAUGACGCCCCUGUCUUCCGAAUCCCUGGACGCAGGUUUCCAGUUGACAUCUUCUAUACCAAGGCCCCAGAGGCUGACUACCUGGAAGCCUGUGUUGUGUCUGUGCUGCAGAUCCAUGUGACCCAGCCCCCUGGGGAUAUCCUGGUGUUCCUGACAGGACAGGAAGAGAUUGAGGCUGCCUGUGAGAUGCUCCAGGACCGCUGCCGCAGGCUGGGCUCCAAAAUCCGGGAGCUCCUGGUGCUGCCCAUUUAUGCCAACCUGCCCUCAGACAUGCAGGCUCGCAUCUUCCAGCCCACACCCCCCGGGGCCCGGAAGGUGGUGGUGGCAACAAACAUUGCAGAAACUUCCCUUACCAUCGAAGGCAUCAUUUAUGUGCUGGAUCCAGGGUUCUGCAAGCAGAAGAGCUACAACCCUCGCACAGGCAUGGAGUCGCUCACGGUCACACCCUGCAGCAAGGCUUCAGCCAAUCAGCGGGCUGGCCGCGCAGGUCGAGUGGCUGCUGGGAAGUGCUUCCGCCUGUAUACAGCCUGGGCCUAUCAGCAUGAGCUGGAGGAGACCACAGUUCCUGAGAUCCAGAGGACAAGCCUGGGCAACGUUGUGCUGCUGCUAAAGAGCUUAGGGAUCCACGACCUGAUGCACUUUGAUUUCCUGGACCCUCCUCCAUACGAGACCCUGCUGCUGGCUUUGGAACAGCUUUAUGCACUUGGCGCCCUCAACCACCUUGGAGAACUCACCACGUCUGGUCGAAAGAUGGCAGAGCUGCCUGUGGAUCCCAUGUUGUCUAAAAUGAUCUUGGCCUCUGAGAAGUACAGCUGUUCAGAAGAGAUCCUGACCGUGGCUGCUAUGCUGUCUGUCAACAAUUCCAUUUUCUACCGGCCCAAGGAUAAGGUCGUCCAUGCCGACAAUGCCCGUGUCAACUUUUUCCUCCCUGGUGGGGACCACCUGGUUCUGCUCAAUGUGUACACACAGUGGGCCGAGAGUGGCUACUCUUCCCAGUGGUGCUAUGAAAACUUCGUACAGUUCAGGUCCAUGCGCCGAGCCCGGGAUGUGCGGGAACAAUUGGAGGGGCUCUUGGAGCGUGUGGAAGUCGGCUUGACUUCUUGCCAAGGUGACUACGUUCGUGUGAGAAAGGCCAUCACUUCGGGUUAUUUUUACCACACAGCAAGGCUGACUCGGAGUGGCUACCGCACAGUGAAACAGCAACAAACAGUGUUUAUCCAUCCCAACUCCUCUCUCUUUGAACAACAGCCACGCUGGUUGCUCUACCAUGAGCUUGUCUUGACCACAAAGGAAUUCAUGAGACAGGUAUUGGAGAUUGAAAGUAGCUGGCUUUUGGAAGUGGCUCCCCACUACUAUAAGGCCAAGGAGCUAGAAGAUCCUCAUGCUAAGAAAAUGCCCAAAAAAGUCGGCAAGACACGAGAAGAGCUGGGCUAGAAAGUGACAUGGACUGAGCCUUGCAGCUCUUUUUUCCUUCCAUACUUUAUUUAAUAUCUAGUAAACAAAAUUAUUUUUGGAA